AUGGGCUCCAUCGGUACAGCAAAUGCAGAAUUUUGUUUUGAUGUAUUCAAAGAGCUGAAAGUCCAUCAUGCCAACGACAACAUCUUCUAUUCCCCCCUGAGCAUCAUUUCAGCCCUGGCUAUGGUCUAUCUGGGAGCAAGAGGUAACACUCAAUCUCAGAUGGAGAAGGUUCUUCACUUCGAUAACGUUACAGGAGUUGGAGACACUACUGACUCCCAGUGUGGCACUUCUGAAUACAUCCACAAUUCAUUCAAGGAUCUUCUCUCAGACAUGACCAUGCCAAAUGCUACAUACUCACUCAAGAUUGCUGACAGACUCUAUUUUGAAAAAACAUACCCCAUUCUUCCGGAAUACUUAAAGUGUGCAAGGAAAUUCUACAACGCAGGGCUGGAAGAAGUUAACUUCAAAACAGCUACAGAAGAAGCAAGACAGCUCAUUAAUUCCUGGGUGGAGAAAGAGACAAAUGGACAGAUACAAGAUUUCCUUGAGUCAGGCUCUGUUGAUCCCGAUACUGUGCUGGUCCUUGUGAAUGCCAUUUACUUCAAAGGCGUAUGGAAGACAGCGUUUAAAGAAGAACACACUCGGGAAGUGCCCUUCAAUGUGACAGAGCAAGAAAGCAGACCUGUGCAAAUGAUGUGUCAGAACAGUACCUUCAAAGUGGCAGCAGUGGCUGCAGAGAGAAUGAAGAUCCUGGAGCUUCCGUAUGCCAGCGGGGAGCUGAGCAUGUUGGUGCUGCUGCCUGAUGACGUCUCUGGCCUGGAGCAGCUUGAGGACAAAAUCAACUUUGAAAAACUCACGGAAUGGACCAGUCCCAAUGUGAUGGAAAAGAAGAGAGUGAAAGUGUACCUCCCACGCAUGAAGAUUGAGGAAAAAUAUAACCUCACAUCUGUCUUAAAGGCCUUGGGUAUGACCGACCUGUUCAGUCCUUCGGCCAAUCUGUCUGGCAUCUCUUCAGAAGAGAGCCUGAAGAUAUCUGAGGCCAUCCAUGAGGCGUACAUGGAAGUCAAUGAAGAGGGCACCGAGAUGGCAGGCUCAGCUGGGGUGGUGGGAGACAUCAAACAUUCCUCUGAGUUUGAAGAGUUUAGGGCUGACCACCCUUUCCUUUUCUUGAUCAAACACAAUCCAACCAACAUCAUCCUCUUCUUUGGUAAAUAUUGUUCCCCCUAA